UAAUUUACUAAAUGAUUUGAAUUAGGUUUUCACAUUAAGGUAGCACCAGUUAACGAUCCUGGACGAAACAACUGGGUGUACACAACGUCUACGUGUACGCACAGACGCAAUAUUGGAUCCCGGAAGUGUCCUGCACUGUUUACACUCCGUUCUUUGUUCCGUCAGGAUGUCCAAAACUCGGUCCAAAAGCAGCGAGAACCGGAGCCUGAGAGCCGUGAUCGACCAGAAGCUGGCAGCGGCCGCGGAGGAGAUCUUCCUGCUGCUGAAGGAGCCCACACAGGCGGAGCUGGAGCGGCUGAAGGAGCUGGUGACGGAGCGGAUCGCCGCGGCCGUGGAUGAGAUCUUCACCGCCCUCAAAGCGACCAGAGCGGCUGCGGGAGAACCGGAGGAGCCCAUGCGGAGUCCGAGACCAGGACCCGGAGCAGUCAGGACAGAGUUAUGUCUGUCGGUCGGGCUCCGGAGCCGCUCUGAUGAAAACUGCCUGAAGCCUGAUGUCUCUGUGGAUGAGCGACAGAAGGACCCUCUGCCUGGCACAUCCUUCGGACCAGAGACCGUCUCUGAACCAGACCACAAACUGGCCUUGCUGGAUGAUCCAGGCGGCGAGGAGGAGAAAGAUGAUGAACUGGUGGCAUCUCACUGCUGCAGAGUGUGUGGGAAGUCCUUCAACAGGAAAGGCUUUUUGAUGAAACAUGUGGAGAAGCACUUGAACGAAGCUGAGUGUCUGUGUGGUCUGUGUGGCGAGCGUUUGGAGUCCAGCAAUGAUCUGAAGUUGCACCUUCAAGCUCACUGCGACAGCAGCAGGACCUGCAACAUCUGCGGCAAGAAGUUUCCCUCGAUCCGAGCUCAGGAGACUCACCUGAGGCUGCACACCGGAGAGAAACCCUUCAGCUGCCACGUCUGCAGCAAAGGCUUCAACCAGAAGGGCAACAUGGUGACGCACAUGAGGAUCCAUAUGGCGGAGAAGCCAUUCAGGUGCACCAUCUGCCCCAAAGAGUUCAGCCACACCGGCUCUCUGGAGCGACACAUGAAGGCUCACGGCGGGCAGAUGCCCUUCACCUGCAAAGUCUGUGGCAAAGGAUUCGCUAAGACCACAGAGCUGAAGCGACACAUCCAGAACCACAUGUCUGAUGACCAGCCUGACAACAAGAGCAAACGCAAGAAGCCGAGUCUGACUCCUUCUCACUGCUGCAAGGUCUGUGGGAACGCCUUCCACAAUAAAGGUAACUUUGUGCGUCAUGCUGAGUCUCAUUUAAAUGAUGCUGACUGUCGCUGUGGCGUCUGCGGAGAGCAGUCAGAGUCCUCAGAGGGUCUGCAGCUCCACAUCCAGAGCCACAGAGAGACUAGCAGGAUCUGUGACAUCUGUGGCAUCAGCUUCAGGGACAUGGAGAUCCACAUGAGGACACACACUGGCCAGAAGCCCUUCAGGUGCAAAGUCUGUGGGAAGGAUUUCCCUAGGAAAGGUCCUUUGGAGCGACACAUGAAGGUGCACAGUGGUGAGAGGCCAUACAUCUGCGAGUUUUGUGGGAAGACCUUCACUGAAAAUAUUGUCCUGAAGAGACAUAUCAAGAGCCACUUAGGUGGAAAACUACGGAUUUACUCCUGUGACAUCUGCAGCAAGAAGUUCACCAUGACUCAACAUCUGGAUGUGCACAAGAGAAUUCACACCGGGGAGAAACCUUACACCUGCAGAGUCUGUGGGAAGAGCUUUCGGCAGAUCGGGAACAUGGACUCCCACAUGAGGAUUCACACAGGAGAGAAGCCGUUCAUCUGCAGCCUGUGUGGAAAGAGGUUUCGCCAGAAGAUCUCGCUGGAGACGCAUGAGAGGUUCCACAAAAAGGAGAAACCAUUCAGCUGCCAGGUCUGCAGCAAAGGCUUCGUCCAGAAGAUCGACCUGAAGAGGCACAUGCUGACACACACUGGCGAAAAACCCUACAGCUGCCGAGUCUGUGGGAAGAGGUACCAGGAGAAACGCUCAGUGGACUCACACAUGAAGGUCCACACCGGAGAACGAGCCACCAGAGAUUCAGUUUUGACCCCAGAACUGAAGCGACAGGAAGUAGGUCACGCUGACUUCAUCCAGUUCUCAAAGUGCGCAGAAAGCAGGACGAUGUGCGCCGUGCAGCUGCUGCGGGUCUCGGUCCUUGAGCGGAUCAGCGCUGCCGCCGAAGACUUCCUGCUGCAGGUGGAGAAAGGAGAAGAAGCGGCGGAGAUCCCGGUGCUGAGAGCGAUGCUCGCCGAACGGCUAACGGCGGCUGCGGAGGAGAUCGUCGCUCUGUUUGAGGAAACCGUGGCGGAGUACGAAGAGCGAGUGGAGCGGUCCGAGCGGGAGAUCUGCCGCCAGAGGAGGCUGCUCGAUACCGUGCUGAAGCCCGAAGUGCGGCUGCACAGAGCAGACGUCCAGCAGCUGAACGAAGAAGAAGUUCCCCCUGAGCAGCAGGACUGGGGCCCCAGCCUGGACCAGCACCCAGCAGAGCCCCCACACAUUAAGGAGGAACAGGAGGAACUGUGGACCAGUCAGGAGGGAGAGCAACUUCAGGGGCUGGAGGAGGCUGAUGUCACCAGGUGCCCAUUCACUCCCGUCCCUGUGAAGAGUGAAGAUGAUGAAGAGGAACCUCAGUCCUCACAGAUUCAUCAGAGCCAUGUUGACAAGAACAGAGACUCUGAGGAAGGAGAGGACUGUGGAGAACCAGAGCCAGCCAGGAACCCAGGUCCAGAUAGACUCCUAGAACCAGUUAGUGAAGACAAUUCUCUUGACUCCAAUCAAACUGAUGACAGUGACUGUGAUUGGACACAAACAAAUGAAGCUCCACCAGGUAUGGACAUUGUUGACAACAGUGAAGGCCCUGAUGUUGGGCCCUCAGUGAAGGAGCGACCCUUUCCUUGCUCCUACUGUGGUAAAAGAUUCAGCCUGAAGGGAAAUCUCAACAGACACAUCAGAGACCACACAGGAGAGAGACCGUUUCCAUGCACAGGCUGUGAUAAAUCGUUUAAAGACAGUGGAUCAUUAACGGCACACAUGAGGUGUCACACUGGAGAGCAACCGUACAGCUGCCUGUUCUGUGGGAAGAACUUCAGCGGCAGGGGAAACAUGACCAGACACAUGAGGAUCCACACGGGAGAGAAGCCAUUUACCUGCUCAACAUGCAAUAAAAGUUUUCAUGUCAAAGAACACCUCAACAGACACAUGAAGUACCACACAGGGGAAAAGCCAUUCAGUUGCUCUGUCUGUGGUAAAGGCUGUGCUCAGAAAACAGACUUGAAGAAACACAUGAGGGUCCACACGGGGGAGAAACCAUUCAGUUGUCCGUUCUGCGGAAAGUGCUGUGCUGAGAAAGGAGACUUGACCAAACACAUGAGAGUCCACACAGGAGAGAAACCAUUCAGUUGCAACAUCUGUGGUAAAAGUUGUGCCCAGAAGGGGAGCCUGAAGAUCCACAUGAGAAUCCACACAGGGGAGAAACCGUUCAGCUGCUCGGUUUGCAGCAAACGCUUCACUGUGACAGGACAUCUGAAGAGGCACAUGAAGCUGCACACAGCAGAUGGUCAGGGCGCCGAGUCGGCACAUACACACUCAGCCAAAGGGCACAGUGAAGCAGAUCCUGAGCCGCUGAACACGUGUUUCCUGAGCAAUGUCCGGAUGGAUCCACAUCGCAGACUGCGGGACGUGGCGUUGAAACGCGAACUGAAGCUGAGAGCAGAAGGAGGAACAGGAAAACCGUGGACCUGUCAGGAAGGAGAGCAGUUUCAGGGGCUGGAGGAGGCUGAUGUCACCAGGUUCCCAUUCACUCCUAUCCCUGUGAAGAGUGAAGAUGAUGAAGAGGAACCUCAGUCCUCAUGGCUUCAUCAGAGCCAUGCUGAGGGGAACAGAGACUCUGAGGGAGGAGAGGACUGUGGAGGACCAGAACCAGCCAGGAACCCAGGUCCGCAUAGAUUCGUAGAGCCUGAUUUGAAGGCUUCAGAGUCUUCAGAGACUGAUGUCAGCGACGGUGACUGGGAGGAGACCAGGGAACCUCAAUCAGGUUUAAAUUCUCUGAAACCUAGUGAAGUUCAUGGUGCUGAUUUUACCUGUAGCACUGUUGAGAGAUCAUUUAGCUGCCCUGAGUGUGGUCAGAGAUUUGGCCGCAAGCCGCACCUGAGUGCACAUAUGAGAAUUCACACAGGAGAGAAGCCGUUUAGUUGCUCCUUCUGUGGUAAAAGGUUUUCUCAAAAGGGAAACUCAGUUAGUCACAUGCGACUUCAUACAGGAGAAAAACCAUUCAGCUGCUCUCUCUGUAAAAAACAGUUUAGAUACAGUGGAGAUGUGAGCCGACACAUGAGAAUCCACACAGGAAAGAAGACAACCAGCCGUAGGGAUAGUGACACAGCCAGCAGCAGCAAACGCACCAGAUCAGGACCAGCAAAGAGUUUAAGUUCAGGUAGAGGUUUACCACCAGGCACUGAUGAUAAACCCCAAGAACCAGAGACCAAAGCCAGUACUGAUGGUUGGAAGGAGGCCAGGGAACCACAGUUGGAUUUAAACACUGCAGAACAUGAUGUUGUCACAGUGAGUGACAUAGGAUGUAGUUAUGAUAAAGAGUCCUAUAGCUGCUCUGAGUGUGGGAAAACAUUCUGCCGCAAGGAUCAUCUGAUGACCCACAUGAGAACACACACCGGAGAGAAACCUUUUAGCUGUUCAGUUUGUCAGAAGCGUUUCAGCUGCAGUGGCAACAUUUUGGCACACAUGAGAAUUCACACAGGAGAGAAACCAUUUGAAUGCUCAUUCUGUGGAAAAGGUUUCAGCCAGAAAGGAACCAUGCAGCUGCACAUGAGGAUUCACACGGGAGAGAAACCGUUCAGCUGUCCAUUUUGUGAUAAAAGAUUUGCACAUAAACGACGUAUGACACUGCACAUGUCAGUGCACACAGAGGAGAAGCGAUUCUGCUGCAGGGUUUGUGAUAAAAGAUUCACCUGGUAUACACAACUCAAAACCCACAAGUGUGUGGGGGAGUCUUCGCAUCUCCAGAGCCACGCUGAGAAAAAGGCUACUCCCAAGGAGUCCUUCAGCUGCACUGAGUGUGGUAAAAAGUUCAGCCUUAAGGGAAAUCUGAAGACGCACAUGAGGAUCCACACAGGAGAGAAGCCGUUCGGCUGCUUAGUGUGUGGUAAGAGCUUUAAACAAAACGUACACCUGACGGAGCACAUGACAAUUCACACGGGUGAAAAACUGUACAAGUGCAGUGUGUGUGGGAAAGGGUUCAAUAAGAAGUUACUUGUCAAAAAUCAUACUUGUGUUUAAUCCUGGGACACUGUUGUCAGACAACCUCAGCUCACGCAUUUAUAUUUACACAUAUCUUGAGUGAAGGGUCCGACUCUGCAGUUAAAGGUCGAGCAGAGGGCCAAGGUUCUCUGUAUGCACACAGUCUGCCUGGCUGUGCAUGUCACAUACUGACAACAGACACUCGACUGUCCCACCUUUGGCAGAGGCAGUUCAUUUCACACAGCUGCUGAACUCUUGGUAGCCUACUGCCGCCAGAGGAGCCGUGCUUCCUGUGACGUCUGACGGUCCGUGUGCUUCAGAGCCAAUCUGAAAACAAAACAAACAGGCUGUUAUCUGAUUCUGUUUGAUAGGCUUCUAAAUGGAAACUACAUGCAUCCAGUUCCAGGUGUGUGUCUUUUCAGGGCUACACCCACAAAGUGCACGUCACCUCACAACAGACAGAGGUGUGUGUGCUUUGGCUGCGUUCACACACUAUCCUGUGUCCAGGGCCAUGCAGAGGUGUGGCUGUUUAUCCGUGCUGUAGAAAAUAACCACUGAAACAACCACAAAAUAAAGUUGUAGUUCUCUGAUUGGUGGUGUUUUCACUGGCGCCGCUCUCUCUCCUUGUUCACUCUCUAGCGCUCUCUC